AGAACGAGAGGCGAGGGUUGGAAUGCGGUGGUCGGCGGCGUCUUUCCCGGCUACCUCCUUCGUGCUCGCGCGCCCCCGCUUUUCCUGGCGCGCUCCCGGCACCUGAGUAUUGGUUUUGGUACCUGAUCCAGCUAAAAGGACUCGGGAAUCUGACGGGCGGGUCAUACCCUUUCCUGCUGAGGCACCAUGGCCACCUUCCGGCAGGAAAAUGUGGAGGACCACUACGAGAUGGAGGAGGAGCUGGGAAGUGGCCAGUUUGCGAUUGUGCGGAAGUGCCGGGAGAAGAAGACCGGGCUGGAAUACGCAGCCAAGUUCAUCAAGAAGCGGCGCCUGUCCUCCAGCCGCCGAGGGGUGAGCCGGGAAGAGAUCGAGCGGGAGGUGAACAUCUUGCGGGAGAUCCAGCACCCCAAUAUCAUCACUCUCCACGACAUCUUCGAGAACAAGACAGACGUGGUACUAAUCCUGGAGCUGGUCUCCGGAGGGGAGCUCUUUGACUUCCUGGCUGAGAAGGAGUCGCUGACCGAGGAAGAAGCCACCCAGUUCCUCAAGCAGAUCCUGGACGGAGUUUAUUACCUGCAUUCCAAACGCAUCGCCCAUUUUGACCUCAAGCCUGAAAACAUAAUGCUCCUUGACAAAAAUGUCCCCAGCCCUCGUAUCAAGCUGAUUGACUUUGGGAUUGCUCACAAGAUUGAAGCAGGCAAUGAGUUCAAAAACAUCUUUGGCACUCCAGAAUUUGUAGCUCCAGAAAUAGUGAACUAUGAACCACUGGGUUUGGAGGCUGACAUGUGGAGCAUUGGAGUCAUCACGUACAUCCUCUUGAGCGGGGCUUCCCCGUUCCUGGGUGAAACGAAGCAGGAGACCUUGACCAACAUCUCCGCGGUCAACUACGACUUUGACGAGGAAUACUUUAGCAACACCAGCGAGCUCGCCAAGGACUUCAUUCGGCGCCUGCUUGUCAAGGAUCCCAAGAAACGAAUGACGAUUGAGCAAAGUCUAGAGCACCCCUGGAUUAAGGUGAUCAAGAGGCGGAACGUCCGCAACGAAGAAAACAGCAAGAAGCCCGAGCGGCGACGGCUCAAGACGACACGGCUCAAAGAGUACACCAUCAAGUCCCACUCCAGCAUGCCGCCCAACAAUACCUAUGUCAACUUUGAGCGUUUCUCCAAGGUCAUGGAGGAAGUGGCGGCCGCUGAGGAGAGCUUGCGUGAGCUGCAGCGGAGCAAGAAGUCCUUCCGUGAGGACAUUGAAGCCCUCCGCUCUAUCUACGAGGAGAAGGAAUCAUGGUACAAAGAGGAGAAUGAGGCGAUAGGUCAGGACCUCCGGCAGAUUCAGCAGGAUAUGCAGAAGACGGAAGCCCUCAAACGACAGGCCCAAGAGGAGGCCAGGAGUGCUUCCUUAGCAGCCAACGGCUUGAAGAGGCGCUACCGGAAGCUCGAGAACCGCUACGAGGCCUUGGCCAAGCAGGUCGCUUCAGAGAUGAAGUUUGUGCAAGAGCUGGUGCGUGCCGUGGAGCUGGAGAAGCUGCAGGGCGGAGAAGAAGACUGUGGGAUCCGCUAACGCUGUUCCUGGUGAAGGGCUGAUUCUGUGCAGAUGUGCAGAUCUUGCCCAGUUUUGUUCUUUGGGGUCAUGCCCCCCCAUUCAUUGAGUUUACCUACUUGAGGGUUGUGAGGGGCAGCUAACCCAAUCCUCCUUAUUUAAUCAUGGGUGUGGCUGCUUCCAAGACUACGCAUUCCAUCAUGCAGUGCUCCCACCAGGAUGCAACACAGUGGAUUAGAUCGUUGCAUGCUUGGGACUUGUAGUCUUUGGCAAACUGUAUGCUUAUUUAAAAAGUAUCUAUUGCAAGUUUCUGCCCACUUUGGCUGAGGGUGUGCUUAGGAAGGGCACUUUUUUUUUGCUGGCUGAUGCUACCCCUCUCUUGCCAAAGCGAUUCCAAGGACCAGUUACAAGUUCUUCUGGUUGCUGGAUCUUCGAAGAAUCUGUCAUGUUGGAGAUGAUUGAGAACUGUUUAUCCAGCUGUUGACACAUGGGGAAGUGUGUGUGUGUGGGGGGGUGCAUCUUCCUGGCACAGCCUUUCUCCCCUCCUGUGAGAUGUUGCCAACUUCUGCCUCCCAAUGUUCUCACAAAACUCUCUGCAGCGAGUUUUGUGUGUGGUUGUGUCUGGGUACCAGAGGUUCAUUUCUCAUUCCUCAGGGUCUGUUUGGAUCGUGCGCAGUGUAAAGUAAGCUAUGAGAUGAUAAAAGGAGAACUGACCCAGCCGUGGUGGGGGGUGCAAUUGCAAAGAACACCUCCCCCUCUUUUAAUGUCAACCACAUUUUAUCUUUCAGCGAAAUUUUUAAAAAUUAUUUUGGAUAAUGCCCCUGUGGUACAAUUCUUUUCUUAAAUUCCAUAGGUAUGCCCUUCCACAAUCCCUGACAGGGUCAAUUCUAGCAAAUGCACGCCCAUGCAAAGGCAAUAGAAACAAAUUAGGGAUUUGAGUGUCAAUUAUUUUAUUUUUUAGGGCUGGAUGAAGGAGGUUUGAGGGUGGUUGGGAGUUUUUCAGCUUCUUUUUACAUUGUAACACCAGGGUUUGCCCUUUCCCAGGAUUGGUGGGGUUACGAAGGUGUGCCUUCAGAGGACAGGGAGGGAGUGCUUCCUUGGACAUCACAGUUCUGCUCCUUGGGUCCCCCAAAUUUGACAAGUGAACCCCAGGAAGUAUGAUGGAAUGAAUCUCAGCUGGGAAGAGGGCUGCAGGAACCUGCUUGUCCUUGCUAACAACGCCAUUAGCGUUAAUCCUUGUGGGAUGGAGAUUUCAAGGCUAUUUUCAGAUUUCUUCCACUGUUGCUUUAGGGUUGAAAGAGAGACUCUGAAUGCAGAACGGAGGGAUGAAGAGCAAGGAAAGAUGUGCUCAAAACUGGUGUUACUUGGGGCGGGGGGUGGGUGGGACCUGCCCCAGUGGUGGUGGUGGUAUUUUCACAGAGUCCUUUUGGAAACACUUUUGUCACUUCCUAUGAUCUGAAGCACCUUUUAGACUAACCCACUUUAUUGUAGCAUAAGCUUUCAAGAACCACAGCUCUCUUCGUCAGAUGCAGAGAGCUGUGGUUCUCGAAAGCUUACGUUACAAUAAAGUCGGUUGGUUUUAAAGGCGCUACUGGACUCUUUACUAUUUUGCAACUCCAGACUAAGAUAGCUAACUCCUGUAGAUCUGUGAUCUGAAGGUGUGUGCUCUGUCUUUUGGGGCAAAUCACUCUGCCCUUCAGUUUCAAAGCAGCCUUUUUUUUCCAGCCAUGUUCCUCUCUAGCUGAUCCAAAGAGCAGGCACCCCCGUGUCCUGCCUUUAGAGACACCUGUCCCUUGCCGUUUACAGAGUACCUCAAAUGUGUUUGCAACAGCAGAAAUCAAGGUGGCUUCUCUCUCUGGGACCAAAUCCAGUUCUCAUUCGGCAGGUCAGAAAUCCUCCUUGCCGGAGUCCUCACUUUUCUGGGCUGAAAAGAGGAGGGGCCCCAGUCUCGGUGUUCGGCUGGAUCUUCUGUUUAUGUCUCUGAUUUAUGCUGCCAAAGUUGCUUUUGCUGUAAGCUUAUUUUUCAUCUCCACUCUCAUUCCUUCCUGCUCCUCCCUUCUUUCUUCCUUCUUCCUUCUGCCGAUUUUAGAGUCAGAUGAAUCUGCCUUAUACCGAGUCAGGCCAUCCAGACCAGGAGCGUCUCCUCUGCUUGGCAGUGGCUCCCCAAGGCCUCCGGAUCCUAACAUCCAAGACAUUUAACAGGAGAUGCCCGUGAGUCAGGGGCCUGAACCUGUCCUUCUGUCUGUGCUGUGUUGCUGGACUGCGGCCCUUCCCCGGAGAAGCACAGUAUGCUCCCGGGGGCUUGAACCCAGUGCCUUCUCCACAGAUGCCCCGUGUCCAACCCACCAGGCUAUCCUUCCGCCAUUUUCAUCUUAAACCAAAGCCAUCUUUCUCUUCUGCUUCUCCUGGUCCUGAUCACUAUGUUGCUUCAUUUCCCCCCACUUGCCCUCUGCUAUCUCCAUGACUCGGAAGGCAAAACCCCCUAUUCCCCUCCCCUUUUUCUUAGAGGGGAAGAGAAUCCCUGCAGCUGAACGUCCUCCCCUUUUUCUGGGGCUGGAGCCAGCUGCGGUGAACAGUGCACCGUGCAAGCACUUGCAUUAGUUGGGCUUUCAUUCAGCCUUAAUGCCCCAGCAUGGAAGAGCAGGAGGCGGCGGCUAUGGUUGUGGAGGCAUCUAAGAACAUCCUCGCUCCCCUUUUACUCCCAUCUCUUUAGUCCUCAGCACAAGGGAAAGCGAGUAAAUUUAAAAUCAUCCUUGAGAAACUGCAGCUUCCCAUUGUCUGCUUCUCCUUUGCAGAAAGACAUCAAAAAGAUUCCAAAUCGGCCCUCUUUGGAGAAGGGUUUUGGGCAGCCGGUGGAUGAUAUUCUGCCCACUUCACCUUAACUAGCCUCUGGCCUUGAGUUUGACUUAAAUAUGAUUCUGCUGGCUGAAACGGAAGCACUCACGUGGCAGCUGGCUGAGCUUUGAAUCUAGGAAGGCCUGAGUUCAAAUGUCGCUUCUGCCUUCAAUUCACUAGGGAGCCUUAGACAAGUUACUCUCUUGCUGCCUCUGUCUUGCCAUUUGCAGCAGGGUGAUAUGUUUGCAGAGUUGUAGGGAUUACAUCAAGACAAUGUGUGUGAACAGCUGAAAAUGUAAUACACAAAAAAUGCGACAUAAAUAGCUAGUUAAGUUUUUAAGUAGAGGUUGCAGCAUUCUGGUCUGCAGUUUGAAUGGGUCCAGUAGAGGGAGCCAAGCUGCUCCAACUUCCCACCAAAGCUACUUUCACGCUCCCAGCAUUGACCCCCCCCAGGUGCUAGGAAGCAUUAAUGAACACCAGGGGGCAGCACUGAGUAACAUGACAAUAAUUAACUUGGGCUGAUUCCACACACAUUGGAUAAUGCACUUUCAGUGCACUUUAUCAAUCGUUUGAGGUGGAUUUUUUGUUCCGCACAUGAAAAAAUCUGUUCCAAAUGAUCUAUAAAGAGGAUUGGAAGUGCAUUAUCCAACGUGUGCGGAAUCAGCCUUGGAGAACUUGUUGCCGUUGGACGCAGCAUCAGCCACUAGUGGAGAACAUCUCCACAAGCAGAUUUAGACAUCCACAGCCAUGAUGGCUAAAUGGAACCUCCACAUUCAGAAGCAGUAUACCUCUGCAAUGGGCAGCUUUGCCUUCCUUGUUUGAUCAUUAUAGUAAAGUGUACUUGACUAGGUCUGAAGUAGUAGGGCUGUUUUGCAUCCAAUGGGGUGCAAGUCACCUGCACCACUCCAUCUUUUUUUGGCUUCUCCGGGUCCCAUCAGGUUUGGCCAUGCCUUCCAUUGUUUCCAGAUUGGGGGUGGGGGGCGCAUUGUGAACUGAACUGAACUAGCAGUAUAGUCUUGACCCACACUUGAUAUACAGUUCUGACUGGUGGUGCAGAAGCAAGCUGUCAAAUAAUAAACUUUUUUUUUUA